UUAGCAGACCAGACAGAAUAGCGGCCACUCUGAUCUUGUUCUUUCCUCAUUUAUAACAUUUAGAAAGCGUAUUGUAUAGGGAAUAUGAUCCAUUUGAUGUCUUACUGAACUCAGUUUAGUAAUUCAGUUGGCUUAUAUAGAGUUAGAUACCUAAUUAAGUCGUUUUGUUAGCCUCCCGCUAGUUAGCCUUGGCUAACUACUCAUUGAAAACAUGGCAAGUGCAGCAAAUAGCAACCUAAAUGCAGUCCGGGAGACAAUGGACGUGCUGCUGGAGAUCUCCAGGUUGCUGAAUACUGGUUUGGACAUGGAGUCUCUGUCUAUAUGUGUGAGACUGUGUGAACAAGGCAUCAACCCUGAGGCCCUGUCUUCUGUCAUCAAAGAGCUGCGUAAAGCCUCAGAGUCCCUCAAGGCUUCUGAAAACUCCACAAACUGAAAGUGAAAACCAAACACCUCAGUGUGGGACUUAAAAUGAUCCUGGGAUCUGUACUAACCUUGGCCUCCACAGCCACAGUCAGAUUUGUGUUUGUGUUGGCGGUCUUCACCCGUCAGUGACAAGCAUGUUUCUAUUCUGCCUAUUUGACUCAAGCCCGAUUUUUUGUGUCGUGGUAUUGUCCCAGGUCUUCCUUCGAAAUGGUCUUCUCCAAACAUGAAUGUGAACAGAGUAUUUUUGUCUCAAAUGUAGACCUGUACAAAGUUUCCCCCAAUAACAUUUGUGCACUGUAAGUUCACAGACGUGUUAGUGUUGUCGUCCUGCCUUAAUUUAUUUUUUGAACUUGUGUGGAACUUUUCAUAAUGAUGUUUUUUUAACCAUUUUUGUCUAUAAUUUCAGAGCUUUUGUAUUGAUUUUGGAUUAGAUAAUGCAGGAUUUUAAUCCUUCUGCCAUUUUUGUUGUGCAUUCAACCUUCAACCAUCAACGAUGGAACCAAAAAAUCUAAAUAAAAAAAGUUGCAGUCAACAGCCA